CAGGUAUAAAAACGUGUCAAAGACAGAUGUGAGGCAGUCAUGGAUAAAAAAUCCAAAGUCAGCACCACCUCGCCAAACCAAAACAAUGGAGGAACUGUUCCCUGCACCAGAUCGAUUUGUAAACUACAGCAAUGCAUUGGAUACUGGUCCCAGAGCCACCUGUGCCUAGGCUUUCUUUACCUAUUGUUGAAGACCUCAUUUCAAGCCAGGAAUUCAUCUCCUCAGAAAACCCCAUUGAUUGGAUGAAGCAAAAAUUAAUGAUAAAUGAGCAGCAAAUUCAGCAGAUUGCCAGUCUUACCAUCGGACAAAAAGAUAACUGCUUGUGGUCAUCAGUUCGCAAGAAUAGAUUGACAGCCUCCAACUUUGGUUGUGUUUUGGCAGCAAUCAAGAGAAAUAGAUAUCCAAUUUCCUUGUACAAAAGACUAUGUUCAGCGUAUGAUCUUUCUAAGAAGGAUGCCAUCAUUUGGGGGAUGUGCAAUGAAAAGAUAGCCAUUGAGAAAUACAAAACUUUUGGGGAUGCUGUUGUAGAGCCAACGGGUAUCUGGCUUCACAAAAAUGGGGUUCUUGGAUCAAGUCCAGAUGGAAUCGUACGUCAACCUGCGCUGUUUGGAUAUUGUUAUCAAGAUCCAGCUCUUGCUGACAUGCUUCCGUUAUAUAACUUUCGACCAGAAAUAUUGGAGGUGAAAUGCCCCUUUUCGGCAAAGGAGAUGACUAUUCCUGAAGCUAUCGAAAAAUUGAAUGAUUUCUGCUUAGAGUUUCAAGAAUUCCAUGGAGUGAAAUCAUACAAGUUAAGAGAAAACCACCAAUAUCAUGAUCAGGUCCAAGGACAGCUGCACAUUACUGGAAAGUCUGCGUGUGACUUUAUGGUUUGGACACCAAAGGACUGUGCGAUUGUUAGAAUCACAAAACAACUCAGUUGGGAGGAUAAUAUUUCUGUUUUGACAGAUUUUUACUUUGAUAAAUUUGUUCCCCAUCUGCAACAGCUAUAAAAGUAUUAAAUAUGAUAGCAACAUAUUCAUACUCUUGA